CGGUGCGUGUGCCAGCUGUGUGAGCACACCAACUUCACCUGCCACACCGAGGGUGCCUGCUGGGCCUCCGUCAUGCUGACCAACGGGCGCGAGGAGGUCGUCAAGUCCUGCGUCUCCCUCCCCGAGCUCAACGCUCAGGUCUUCUGCCACAGCUCCAAGAACGUCACCAAGACCGAGUGCUGCUACACAGACUUCUGCAACAACAUCACCCUGCGCCUGCCCCUGGCGUCGGAGUCUCCGGGCAGAGCCGGGACGAGGUCCGCGGUGGUGGCGGUGGCAGUGCCAGUCUGUGUCCUGGCACUGGUGGCACUGGUGGCAGCCUGCAGACCCCGGGGCCGGUGGCUCUGUGCCCACCGCCGGGCCAAGGCCCCCAACGUGGAGGAGCCUCUCUCCGAGGGCAACCUGGGGAGCUCGGGGAAGACGCUGAAGGAUCUCAUCUACGACAUGACCACCUCUGGCUCUGGCUCUGGUUUGCCUCUGCUGGUCCAGAGAGUCUGGCGUGGGAAAUGGUGUGGGGAGGAUGUAGCUGUGAAAAUCUUCUCCUCCAGAGAUGAACGGUCCUGGUUUCGGGAGGCUGAGAUUUACCAGACAGUUAUGCUGAGGCACGAGAACAUCUUGGGCUUCAUUGCUGCUGACAACAAGGAUAACGGGACGUGGACUCAGCUCUGGCUUGUCUCUGAGUACCACGAGCAGGGAUCCCUGUUCGACUACCUGAACAGAGGCACAGUCACCGUGGAGGGCAUGGUCAGGCUGGCGCUGUCGGUGGCCAGUGGCCUGGCACACCUCCACAUGGAGAUCGUGGGCACACAAGGGAAGCCAGCGAUCGCGCACCGGGACCUGAAAUCCAAGAACAUCCUGGUGAAGAGGAACGAGAGCUGUGCCAUCGCCGACCUGGGCCUGGCGGUGAAACAUGACUCGGUGCUGAACACCAUCGACAUUCCCCAGAACCCCAGGGUGGGCACCAGGAGGUACAUGGCUCCCGAGAUCCUGGACGACGCGAUGAACACGAACAUCUUCGAGUCCUUCAAGCGUGCAGACAUUUACUCCCUGGGGCUGGUGUACUGGGAGAUAGCCCGCAGGUGCUCCGUUGGAGGGAUCACUGAGGAAUACCAGCUGCCUUACUACGACGUUGUGCCUUCCGAUCCUUCGAUAGAAGACAUGAGAAGGGUUGUCUGUGAGCAGAAGCUCAGACCAAAUAUUCCAAACCAGUGGCAAAGCUGUGAG